AACAGAGCAAGCUUCUGAUUACAAAUCCUGCAAUUAAUGAAUUGCUCAAAAAUAUUAAUAUAGCUGGCUCUGAUUUAAUGGCCUCUUCCCAAUCAUAUGCUCAUAUGCAUAAUAAAAUAUGUGCUGUUAUCCUUUAUGAUAGUUUCUCUUCUCUAUUUAUUACUAUAAAUUCUGCCAAUCUUCACAGCCCUAUUGUUAUAAUGUAUGCUAGAAAUAAGAUUAAUUUUGAAAAUAUAUCUCCUAAAAAUUUUUUAAAAACUACAGAAAGAGCUCAACUAGUGCAUCUUGAUCCUUUAGCUGUUACCAAAUAUUUUAACAUUAUAAUCAGAUGCAUUUUAGAUAUUAUUGUUGGGUAUGGUAAAGAGCAAGAUGGUGUUUUUGUGGACAAAGAUGUUCAAUGCUUUAUUGAAGAUAUUGAUGAGUCUAGUAAUGACUCAACUACUAAUAAUGAUCAUAAUCAAGAUGAAGCAAAUAAGUUAUUUUUUAUAUUAUCAUUUAGCAGAAAAUUAACCAUUGCAAAUCUUCAUAUUGAUUACCAGUUCAAAGGUUCAUCUUUAUGUAAAAUAUGUUUAUACAAUUAUGCUACUAUUAUUAAAAAAUAUGAUUUUACAAAUAGCCAUCAUGAAUCAGAAGACAGACAUUCUCAGAACAAAUCACAUAUCCAAAAAAGUAGAAAUAAAGAAUCUGAAAAGAAUUAUUGUAUCAAUGUUCAGAAGUACAGUGCCAAUAAUGAACCAAAUGUUUUGGAUAAUGAUAAUAUAAUGAUGGAUAACCCUUCUAAUGAAGACUUACCUAAUUUUGAUCCUGCAAAAAUUAUUAGAUCUGACCUGAAAAAUGUGAGAAUGUUACUAUUAUAUCUUAUUGGUGCAGGUGGCAUAGGUAAAUUUAAAAUUAUUGAUGCUAUCUCUUCUUACUUUAAAUGCUGUUCACAACAAAAUACUCUUCUUGUCCUAGCUUCAACAGGAAGUGCUGCUGCAAAAAUUAAAGGAAAUACUCUUCAUUCCAUGUGUGGAUUUGGUUUUAAAGAAUUCUUUAAAGAUAAGCAUAGUUUGUCUGAAGAUUUAUUACAGCAACUCCAGAAAUAUUAG